AUGUCCAACAUGUCCAAAACGGCAGCUACCGUUCAAAAGGUGGUCUCCACUAAGUUAUCCCAUGGUUCUACAGUUUUUUCUAUGAUUCAGCCCACCGGGCUGUUUCAUCUGGGAAAUUACUUUGGUGCAGUUCGAGUCUGGAAACAACUUGCGAAUCCAUCAAACUGUCAUUCUCAUUUGAUGUUUGGCGUAGCAGACCUACAUUCAAUCACCCUACCUCAAGAUCCUUUAAGAUUGAAUGAUAGCAUUGAAACCUCCAUUGCCUCUCUCAUAGCUUGUGGCUUGGACCCGGAACAUUGCAAUCUGUUUGUUCAAUCAAGAAUUCCUCAACAUGUCCAACUGAACUGGAUUCUCUCCUGCAUUACUCCCAUGGGCCAACUGAACCGCAUGACACAGUUUAAAUCCAAGGCCGCCCUGAGGUCUGAGGAUAUCGGUUCUGCCAAACUUGGACUGUUUACUUACCCGGUGUUGCAAGCUGCGGACAUCUUGAUCUACAAGUCUACCCAUGUUCCUGUGGGCCAAGAUCAAGCACAGCAUUUAGAGUUAACCAGGGACAUCGCUCAACUUUUCAACAAUACAGUCGGUCGUGAGUAUUUUCCUCUACCAUCGACAAUGCUGGCUCCCACCCAGAAAAUUGUGUCGUUGAAGAACCCUUCCAAGAAAAUGUCAAAGAGUGACCCCGAUGAGCUGUCUAAGAUUUUUUUUAAUGAAUCUUCCAAAAACAUUGUUCACAAGAUAAAUAAAGCCGUCACUGACUCCAUUGAAGGUCCGUUGUAUUAUUCAGAGGAGCAGCGGCCGGGAAUAUCAAAUCUGAUAAAUCUCAUCGCCGCAGUUACGGGCCAGUCCAUACAAAAUAUUGAACAUCAGAUUUCAGACUUUACAAAAGCGCAACUAAAAGAUUACACAUCUUCUUUGAUUAUCGACGAAUUAAAGGAACCAAGUUAUAGGUACAAACAGAUAAAGGAUGACCAUGCAUUGCUAGAAAAAAUUGCCAUUGAAGGUUCCAGAAUAGCAUCUGAGAAAGCACAAAAAACCAUCGAUGAGGUCUACUCAUUGGUUGGACUCAGACGAUGA